AUGAGCCACCAUCAUCUUGAGGAGCUGUGCAGCGGAAAAGGAGAUGAGGUUUCGGUUUACAUCCGUUGGAAUAAUACUCGCCUUGUUGUUUACUUGAAUCGCUCUCAGACAAGCACGGGUGUCCCUUCCAUUGAGAACAGUUUCCUCGAUAGGUACAAUGAGGCUUGUGACAAUGACGACAUCGAAGAAGCCGAGGCUCUGUCCGAUGAAAUCCUCGAUGCUGUCGUCGAGGCUGGAAGAGACACUUUCGACCGUCUAGCGCCACCAUCGGCCCCUGGAGAUGCGUUGGCGCAAGAUCUCCAUACUCUACUUUUCCCCAAGGAGUAUUCCUUUUCAUUUCAAGCCUUGAACGGCAUAGUAGAGGUGGUGCAGAAAGACUGUGGCGCCAGACAGGACUCUGUCCUCCUUGGUCAAUCUGGCCAACCAUUCCAUCUGAACAUCGACAAAGAUUGCAACCUACCAACAUAUUCCACUAGAGAAAUCCAUGUUCUCGAAAACCUUCUUAACGCGGGUUACAUCGCCCGUGUGCAAGUCGAAGGGAGAGAGAUGUGUUCGAAGGCCGGAGACAGCAAGAGCGAGGACGCCGCACAACGAGAACUUGAAAGCCUCUGGAAGAUAACGGUAUCCCCUCACGCAGCUGCCAUCCGCGUACCAAAGCUCCUAGGCUUAAUCACGAACCCCCAAAAUGGCAAAACUAUUGGGUUUCUGGAGGAAUAUAUCCCUGUCUCCGAAACCUGGGAGUUGUCAACACUUGGAAGCAUCGAUGAUGUUUCUGCAAUUGACGAGGGCCGUCGGAAGAAGUGGGCAUCUCAGGUUCGGGAUACUGUUGAUCUCCUACAUAAGAUUGGGAUUACAUGGGGCGAUGGCAAAGCAUCUAAUGUAUUGAUUCAUCUCGAAACGGACGACGCAUGGGUCAUCGAUUUCGGGGGCGGAUGGACGGAAGGCUGGGUAGACGAGGAAUUGAGCGGUACGGUGAAGGGAGACGAGGUUGCUGUCAGAAUGAUCAUGGAAUACUUGCAACUUUCGUAG